CUGGAGCCCCUCCCUCCAGCUGGUCUCUAUUCUCCCUCCCUUCCCCUUCAGGAUGUGAAGAUCUUCCGAGCCCUGAUCCUAGGGGAGCUGGAGAAGGGGCAGAGUCAGUUCCAGGGGCUCUGCUUUGUCACCCGGCUGCACCACAAUGAGAUCAUCCCCAGUGAGGCCAUGGCCAAGCUCCGGCAGAAAAACCCCCGCGCAGUGCGGCAGGCUGAAGAAGUGCGGGGUCUGGAACAGCUCCACAUGGACAUCGCUGUGAACUUCAGCCAGGGGGGCCUGCUGAGUCCUCAUCUCCACAAUGUCUGCGCUGAGGCCACUGAUGCCAUCUACACCCGCCAGGAAGAUGUCCAGUUCUGGAUGGAGCGAGGUGUGGACAGUUCUGUGUUUGAGGCCCUGCCCAAGGAGCAGAUGGAAUUGCCUCGCUGUGGGCAAGUGAGAGACCGAGGAAAGCCCUGUGCCUGCCGCUACAGUCUGAGCCUGGCCUGGUACCCUUGCAUGCUCAAGUACUGCCACAGCCGUGACCGGCCGGCACCCUACAAGUGUGGCAUCCGGAGCUGCAGGAAAAACUACAGCUUUGACUUCUAUGUACCUCAGAGACAGCUGUGCCUCUGGGAUGAGGACCCCUGACUGUGGGGAGCAAAGAACGGCUUGGACCCACAAGUUCUUCACUGGCCACCAGAGGGUGUGGCAACCCUACCUGGGGCCUUAGGUCCCUUCCUGUGCCUCUGAUGCUGAAGCCAUGACCUCAUCUGCAUGACAGUAAAAGGAUAUCACCCAGCAGGGACAACUUUGGGCAGCCCCAAUGCCUACCUGUGCCCAUCUGGGGGACAGAGGGAUAUAAGCCGUUCUCCAGAUUAGCAGCCUCCCCUCUUCACGUCCCCCAAAAUGUCCCACAUACAUGCAAUGAAAAUGAACUGGCCUAGGCUUCUUUUGUGGAACUUGUUCCAGGGGUGUGUGUUCCUGUAUCACACCUUCCCAUUGCAAGGGAACCAUUGACCAGAGAGGGACUUCUGGGGACUCACGCCCCAGCUCCCGUGUCUGAAGUGCCUUUUCUGCCCCAGGAGCAAUGGGGAGCAGGGAGAUCGCCGCCCUUGAGACCACAUGUGCCUUUCCUGGGACCCAACUUGGCUUCUUCAGCACACACCAAUUGUUCCUCCCGUUGGACUGAAGGACUUUGGCAAGGUUCUGGAGCAGGAAGGGAGCAUGAAGUACAAGGAAAACUUGAAUUCCAGAUUUUUAAUACAAAAUAUUUAUCAUUUGUACAAGAAAUAAAAGUUUUUAAGGUUUCACUCAC